CGACAAUUCAGAUGAGAAGCUGGUGAAUAGGAAGCGAACUUCAGCCUGGUCUGACAGUGUGUUGGGCAUCUCUUUUUGGUUUCCACCCGUUCGCGUGGUGAAAGAUGAGGAAGGCUAAAGGGAAGCCGAGCACUACGGAGAAAGAAUUCGUGUUCGAGUUCAAGGCAGGGAGAAAUCACUGCGUCCUCAAAGUUCCUCUGCAGUUUCCUGUUCAGGAGAAUGUCAACGAUCUGCAUGGGAGAUUGAUGCUGCUCCACAAAAUCCCCUGCUUUGUAGAAAAGGGCUUAAAGAACAAACUUCUGGCGUUCGUCGAAAGAGAAACGUUGGAGGAUUAUGACCGGGAAGCUGAAGCAGCUUUGCAGAGGAUCACUACUGGAGAAGUUGACAUUAAUAAACUGAGCAACCUGUGGGCCAAGGCCUACACUGAGACAACGCUAGAACACGCCCGCCCCGAAGAGCCUAGCUGGGACGAGGACUUUGCGAACGUGUAUCACGACCUGAUUCACUCCUCGGCCUCGGAAACACUGCUCAACCUGGAGCACAACUACUACGUCAGCGUGUCCGAGCUCAUCAGUGAGCGAGACAUGGAGCUGAAGAAACUCCAGGAGAGGCAGGCAGCUGAAAUGGACAAGGUCAUGCAGGAGCUGGGAAAGACCUUGAGCGAUCAGGAUGUUAAUACAGUGGCAGCGCAGCACUUCGAAGCUCAGCAAGUCUUGGAGAACAAGUGGGCCAGUGAGUUGAAGCAAGUAACUGGCAUUCAGAAGCAAGAGUACCAGGAGUGGGUGGUGAAGUUGCACCAGGACCUUCGCAACCCGAACAACAGCACAAUCACUGAGGAGAUUAAGGUACAGCCUGGGCAGCUGAGCGAGGCCGGAGAGAUGGGAGCCAGAGUGUUCGAGGAGCAUCGACAGCUGGAGGAAAGCUUUACCAUUCAUUUAGGUGCUCAGCUGAAGACGAUGCACAACCUGCGGCUGGUCCGGGCUAACGUGUUGGACUUCUGCAGGCACAGACGCCACGGGAGCGGAGGCAGCGUCAAGUUGCGACGGCUUCAGACGGCGUUCUCUCUGUACUCGUCCUCUCUCUGCGGCCUCGUCCUGCUCGUCGACAACAGAGUGAACUCCUACAGCGGCAUAAAGAGAGAUUUUGCCACCGUGUCUCAAGAGUGCACGGAUUUCCAUUUCUCCCGGCUUUCCGAGCAGCUGGAGGUGGUCCAGCAGGUGGUGCUGUAUGCACGGGCGCAGCGCAGCAGCAAGCAGCAGCCGGAGAUUCCUAGAAAUGGGAGCCAUGACGAAAAAACAAAGAACGUUGAGCGAAACCCUUCCAACAUCCUUCCUGGUGAAUUCUACAUCACUCGUCAUUCCAACUUAUCCGAGGUACACAUAAUGUUCCACCUGUGCGUGGACGAUAACGUGCGCUCGGCGAACCUCACGGCUCGAGACCCGGCCAUCAUGGGGCUGCGCAACAUCCUGAAAGUGUGCUGCACGCACGACAUCACCACCAUCACCGUCCCGCUGCUGCUCGUGCAUGACAUGUCUGAGGAGAUGACCAUUCCCUGGUGUCUGAAGCGCGCUGAGUUGGUGUUUAAAUGUGUGAAAGGUUUCAUGAUGGAGAUGGCAUCAUGGGAUGGAGGCAUCUCUCGAACCGUUCAGUUCAUCGUCCCUCAGAGUAUCUCCGAAGAAAUGUUCUACCAGCUGAGCAGCAUGCUCCCUCAGAUCUUCAGAGUCUCCUCCACUCUCACGCUCACAUCCAAACGCUGACCAAGCCACGUGUACGCAAGAAGGAUCUCCCAGGAUGCUUUGCAGCCACACUUUUACCUCAGAAAAGACGGACACGACUAGAGAUCUCAGAGUGUGAGGUGCUUGGGUUGGUGACUGAAACAUGGGUUUAUGUGACAUGGUGAAGAAUGAAAAUGCACAAUGAUCAUUUAGUUUUAAAACAUUUUUUUUUUUUUGGGUCUGUACACGUAUGUAUGUAAUCUUAUUUAAAAUCCAGAUGUGUGGAAAAUUUAGUUGGGAAUGCCACAGCUGUGCUUAUUGAAGAAUUUUUCCCAGCUAUAUCUACUCUAAACAAUUGGCAUGUGUUAGCAAAACUCAGCGAUGACCUCCGGAUACCAAGUAUUUAGCCAUGGAUGGGAUUAGAGCUAAGAUCUCAGUCGUUUUAAGAAGCACAGCACUGAAGGAUUCGUUGCAUAAAGAAUGUCUUAUAACUAAUAUUUACAAGAAACAUGCUUAAAUGUAAAAUAAUGUAAACCCUUCCCAAAGAGAAAUAUCUUAGCAAUCAAAAUGUAUGGCUCCGAGCAUGGAUCAGAUGUUUGUUUAGAGAUUUUAACGUUACACAUCGUCCCCAAGAGCUUAACAGAAAUAAUUACAAAUAUAAAUGAUCAUUAAUUAUUUCCUAUAAGUUUUUAUCCCCAAUGAGCGAGUCAGUGGCUACUACAGUGGCGAGGAAAAAAAACUCCGAGAUUGGUAUGAGGAUGGAAACCUUGAGAGGAACCAGACUUGGAAAGGAACCCAUCUUCAUCUUACACCGAAUGUCCAUUCAUUACAUAAUAUUCAUAAUAUUUAAAUCAGUUUCCUGGUGCAGAAUCAGCAUCCGUGACAUGAAAGGUCCUCAUAGCGAGAAUUUAGUAAAAAUACAAUGAGAUCUGACUCUCGCAUCAGUCCCAUAGACUACUUUGUGAUUGGAUUUCAUUUCAGAUUUUCUGUGGGAAGGCUUCGUGGCCACGCUCUUAGAAGAUUUCGGUAUCAAUUCAAUAUCAGUUUCAUUUUCCCCUCGUUGCACAUAACGACAUUUUCACGUCUAGAAACUGAUCUCGUCUCUUGUCACUGGGAGUCAGUAAGUGCACUGACAUUCUCUUUUGUUCAGUAAUGACUGGUCCUUUGUGCUUUUUUUUUUUUUGUUUAAAAUUUCAGAUCAGGUCAUUAUGGGCUUUUCCUCUUCCCUUAGGGGUCUUUACAGCUAUAAUGUCAUGAAAAUGAUGUGGAAUUGAAAAGAAAAUAUGAGUCAUGGCUGAACAUUUAUAACGCCACAGAAAUUAACACUUUCCUGUCCAGAAAAAGGGGAAACUGAACCAGUGUACAAUGUAUUUAGACACAACAGAACAUCUGUAACGUAUGUAGGAAUACAAAAAAAAAAAAAAAAAUACAACUUUACGUUUUAAUAUUUCUACCUAUUGGUGACCAUUAUGCAAUCCAUUAGAUGGCGUAAGUCAUUAUUGGAUUUGAUUGGGACUUGUAUAAUUGGGGAGGUGGUAGCUCAGUGGUUAAGGCAUUGGGCUUUGGAUCAGAAGAUCACAGGUUCAAAUCCCACCACCAAGCUGCCACUGCUGGGCCCUUGAGCAAAGUCCUAAAAAAACCAUCCUCUGCUCAGUUGUAAGUCGCUCUGGAUAAGGGCGUCUGCCAAAAUGCCGCAAAUGUAAAUAUAAUAUUUGUAUACAAUAUAUUGAUAUUGGAUUGGCUAUGUGAAAUUAUUUUUUCUUUACCAAACAUCUCAAUUUCUACAUGACCGAUUUUUUUUUUUUUUUUGCUUUUAUAUUUUCAUUUUCUAUCCCAUUCCUAAUUAGCAUAUUCUAAAAUGUUCCCAAAAUGUUGGUUAUUUUUUUAUUUGCCCUAAUUACUACUGAGAAUAUUGAUUAGAAGUGAAAUGAGUGAACUGUAAAAUUCUUUUCUCUUGCACGUUUUUACAGUGAAAUAAACAUUAAUUCAAAAUCA